AAGACAUAUGCGUUGAGAUCCCGAGCCAAAUUUCAUAUGUGACCUCAUCGUGAUGCGUCGUAUACGGUUGUCCCAUUUUUUUCGUUUUCUCUCAAUAUCUGCGACUGCCAAGAAACAAACGAGAAAAUGUUGCGUCCGGCGAAGGCCAAGACGGACGGGUAUAAAAGCAAGAUGGAACGCCAGAAGUUCUCCGCCCAAUCGCUCAGAUCACUUCCUGAAAAUCGCUGCAAAGAUACAUCAUCGCUCCUUCCUACUCUAUAAGUUUCGGCAACUCUCCAGCGAUCAACAUGCGCUUCCUCUCUGUCCUCCUCGCAGCGUUUGUCGGAUCCGCCGUCGCUUUGCCAUGGGGUCCGUUGACCUCUGCUGAAGACAUGGCGUACUUCAAGGGCUUGCCAACUGAAAAAUGCCAAUGGAUUGCUGGCCAGACGGUCACCUUCCAGUUCAAGUGGCGUCGCACACCUUUGCUGCAAUGGUGGUCGGCGGUGUCCUGGGAAUUGGACGGCCAUCUCCUCUCAGCGAUUGGCAACCCCGACCUCGACGAUGUAAAGGUUAGCGAGGCCGGACCCGAUGGCUUCCACACCGUCACAGCUACCCUUCCGGAGCACCGUAUAUUGCGCUCUAGCGACGGCUACACUCUGCGUGCCGAAUACAAAGUGACUGGUAUCAAUAUCAUCGAGUCACCAAAGAUCUACGUGACGGAUACCGACGAGGCCUGCCCCACCAAGGUUGCAAUCCCCACCUCCACUCCGGUCCCUGCUAUCAAUGAAGCCAGCGAUUCAGAGUUGAACGGUACCGGCGCUUAAAUCAAACUGCGACGAGUGAUCUGAAUAUUGGUUCGUACUUCAUAUGAAGAUCUGUAUUCACUCCGGACUGCAUUCAUUUCUUGUACACGGCCUUUCAUUGUUCAUCAUAUGCUUGUAAAAGACAAUCUCUUGGCAUAAACACACACUUCCGAGUAAUUUGUAGAAGACAAUCUGUCGGUAUUCAUCCAUGAGCCUGCCAUGAGCGGAAAUG